AAUAGAACUGAGAAUAGGAGGUGGUUUCCUCUGAAAAAUCAUGCAGGUCAGGUGCUGGGAGUCACACAGCUAAGCCUAUAAGUGUCCUACAGGAAACUAUCAUCAGCCACUGUACUGGUGACCCCUCAGUCAAACCUGGUCAGAACUGUGCUGCCUUUGUGUCAAUAAUGGCAGGCAUCUGGUUUGCUCUGGCCCUGCUGUCCAUCGGUGAGGUCUCUUCCCUGAAGAUAUGCUCUUUUAACAUCCAGUCCUUCGGGGAGAGGAAGAUGGAGAGGACUGAGGUGGUAGAUGUGAUUCUAGAUAUCAUUGCUCGCUGUGACAUCAUGCUGAUCAUGGAAAUCAAAGACGCCAGUGGGACUGCUUUCCCUCAGCUGAUGACACGCCUCAACAGUAGGUACAGGUCCAGGAGGGCAGAGUACAAUUACAUCAUCAGUGAGAGGCUGGGACGGAAGUCUUACAAGGAGCAGUAUGCUUUCAUCUACAGGCAGAGGCUGGUGUCUGUCAAGUCAUCGUACCAGUACCCUGACACCCAGGCUGGGGACGUGGACGCCUUCUCCAGGGAACCCUUCGUUGUCUGGUUCUCUUCCCCCAAGACAGAAGUGAAAGACUUUGUGAUCAUCCCCAUCCACACCACCCCAGAUGCUGCCGUGAGAGAGAUAGAUGAACUUUAUGAUGUCUUCCAGGAUGUGGACCAACGAUGGACUUCUGAGAACUACCUCAUCAUAGGGGACUUUAAUGCCGCGUGCGGUUACGUACCUCGGAGGGAGUGGGCCAACAUCCGCCUGAGGUCUAACAGCAGUUUCCUGUGGCUGACAGGCAACAACAUCGACACCACAGUGAAGGAGUCCACCAGCUGUGCCUAUGACAGGGUGGUGCUGCAUGGUGAGGAGAUGACCCGGGUGGUGGAGCCCACCUCUCUGGAGGUGUUUGACUUCAGACGAGAGUACCACCUCACAGAGCAACAGGCACUGUUGGUGAGUGACCAUUUCCCAGUGUGCAUCACUGUGAAUGCAGCCCAGAGGAGAGGCAGAGGGGGCUGAUGGAGCACCUGUAGAAGUGUGUCUGUGGGGGGCAGUUUCUACUGUAGUGUGUCUGUGGGUGUUUCUACUGUAGUGUUUCUACUGUAGUGUGUCUGUGGGUGUUUCUACUGUAGUGUUUCUACUGUAGUGUUUCUACUGUAGUAUUUUGCUUUGCUCCAGUGCUCUUUUUUGAGGCUUCAUUCAAUCCAACCUGUGCUGCAGUACCUGUGCAGUACCUGUGCAGAUCUAGUUCCUGCAGUCAAAUACAUUUACAGAGACGUUUGGAUGUAGUAAAAACAUCACUGUAAUUCCACCAGGUAAAAGUUUUGCUCACCCUUUCAGCCUUUGGGGUGUGAAUCAGAGACAACAUAGACACAAUAUAUUUCUCUCAAAGAGCUGCUCUGAAGUGAGUAGACCCUGUCAUCCUUUCUGGGGUCGAACCAUUCAGGGCCACUGAGAGAACAGAGAGGCUAUAGUGGUGGUCUGAGGAAAGCUUGUUGUACCCCACUGUCUCACCUGAAGCCUGCAGUCAUGUGACCCAGUAAGAGAAAGCAGUGACUGGCCUUGUUAAUUAUAAACCAGAAGAUUUCAGGUGUCUGUUUUCCUGUUGCUAGGAGACAGUCUGUAAGAGUUUCUGUUUUCUGUCUCAUGUUAGCUUGCAGCUUUGACCUGUCUUAUCAUGAUGAAUGCUGUAAUGCCACAACACAAAGCAUGUGGGAUCUUUGACUUUUCAAAAUGUACUAACCAUUCAGCCAAACAAUGUUUUGUAACAAUAUGAAGGCCAUUUAACGCACGUCAUUGAAAUAAACAACUUUAUAAGACACUUUUUGAAUAAUCAGUUAUAAAAACCGAACAACUUAAACUGUUAUACUCGUUAUUUGGAGAGAAUUGCUUUUUGUUUGAGUUCAGUGAUAACAAGGCCAAAACAGCAGGAAAGAGAAGGUUGUUCAGCUUGUUACCCAAGACGAUCAGUCGCUGUUGGAAAAUUGAAAAUCCCAUUCCUCGCGUAGAAAGUGUUCCUCACCACUCCUGACUUCCCGUUGGUCGGAGAUCUGUAAUCCUGUUCAUAGUCACCUAGGAACACAACCUUUUAGUUGUUUUGAUAGCAUUAUCGUACUUCACGAUAAAACACUAAGAUGUAAGCGACUGCAACAGCAUGUGAGAUAUCAUUGACUAAUCCUUUGAAGUCUCCUCGAUCAAGCUAUGAAAGUGACUCGUCGCACAUAUCACAACUCCCACUUUCUGAUCACUUUCAAAUGGUACUGACAUAGUAUGAGUAAAGGCUGUAAUAUCUCACCCAGUCUCCAGCCGUAUUCCCAGGAGGACAGGAGAGGAUAGUCAAACUUCUCCUCUGGGCCUUUCUGGGUGCGUCUGUGCAGGUACAGGGUGCGCCCCUUACCCUCCUUGGAGAAGCCCUGGUACAGGUCCGCUGUGGUCUGGGGGGUCACCGGUCUCAUCAGGGGGGCUUCGCUGAGGGACCGCUGCACCACCACUGGAGCAGGCACCUCUCUCUUCUUCUCCCCUGGCUUCAGGACCGGGGGGAGGGCAGGCCCGGUCCUGGAGGACUCUGGGAGUUGAAGUUUGGGAAGCCCAAGGUCUCUGGUCUUGCGUGAGAUGAAGGCAGUGGGGUAUUGGUGGCUGUAGCGACUCUUCCAGGCCAACCGUGUGUAGGUCUCCUUCUCAAUCUGCUCGCGGUAGCAGUUCUGGUUCUGGGUGGUCAGCAGGUUCCUCAUUCUCACUCCCCAGUCUCUGGACUACAGGCUUGUCAAUUGCGUUCAACACCACUUAGCAUUCCCUCAGAUCAGGAUGUGAGGAUGGCUUGCCUGUCCCGAGAGCAGAGCUGGCUAGUAGGACCCCCUCCGUGGAGGAGCUGAAGCACUUGGUUGCAGCUCCACAGACAACAACACAGGAGCUGCUGGGAAACCUAAGAGUGGUAUGUUGCCCUCCCUCCCUCCCUCUCUCAGGUCACCCAACCAGAGUAGAGGGCGUGCAUGUCGAUGGGCUAGCGUUGCACCUACACUUGAUAUGGUUUCUUUCAUCUGCACAGGCAUGGUUGAAACAAAGGGAGAAUCUCUUUUCUGGUGGACGACCGAUUCAGUUACCAUAUCCUGUUCCUGUGUCCUCAGGCCUGGGUAGGUGAGGAAGCCAUGACAUAUAGGACACCCAUUCAUUUAAAUGGAUGGUGUUGUACAGUUUGUCCAGAUGAUGGCAGUAUAAGUCUAGAUGAAUAUGCCAUGUUGCGAAAGACCAAGACAUGGUGGUGAUUGGACUACAAAUGGAAUGACUGGAUUACAGAACCCUAACUCUCUACAGGCAGGAUGAGCCAUUUACGUACGCAAUUCCAUAAUUCUUUUCCCCCCCUAAAUUUCAGUUAAUUAUCAUAAACAAAAAUAAAACCAGGAAGCUAUAAAGAGUUUCCAGGCCUAAGCUAUUAUUGUGCAACUGGACAGAAGAUCCAUUCAUUCACCAAUUACCCUUCAGUCAACAAGUAGGAUAGCAGAAGAGGGAUUGAGUCACAAUAAUAAGGAUGCUUUUGUUGUUGAAGGGAAAAAACGAGAACAAAACCAACCCUUUUGGCAGCAUCAACAACAGGCAUUUACUUGUCUGUGACUGUCCUCUGCAGUCGCCUGGCCACUCAGCCUUCCUGCCCCUGCAGAUUUAACAUCCUGUCUCUGAGUAUUUGUUAAAAGGUUUUGGUGUGAGGCUACUUAAGGACAUCCCUACAUAACUAUAUAUAGUGUUGUUGGCCAGGGAGCUAAGGGGAUAUGCCUGUCACAACACUGAUAACCAAACACUGACCACUUCAUCCCACACAGUAAAAACCACAAGAAAAAUGAAGUUUUUCAACUUUAUUUCCAGUUUGCUUUUAUUAUCGUACAUCAAUGUACAAGAUCUACAUCAUACAGGAUAUAGAUCAAUUCAUGUUUUUCACAUUUGAUCACCCAAUACAAAAAGAAAAGUGUGACUGUUUUGUCUUUUAAAAUACUUAUUACAAAAUACUUUCAUCCCAUGGGUAUCAAAACUAUCGUUGAUAUCAUAAACCUACACUGAGACGAGACAAGAAUCAGAAGUAUACAUACAUGAGUAACAAAGUUAUUCCUGAAAGUGUAAGAAGAUUUUAAGACCAGGAUAGAAUUGAUUGUGCAGAGUAUAGAAAGCAAGUGGAGAAGCAUUUGUUUCUGGUGGAUGAACAUCGUAUAGACAACUGAGAUUUUAACACAAAGUUGCAAACCAGUCAGACAGCAGGUAUAUAUAUUCGAAAUAGCAAUAUGGUUGC